AUGGAAAAUGAAGAAUGGGAUUUGAUAACUGCAUGGAUUUCCUCUACAGGAUCCCAUUUGUCACAAUAUAUGUCAUCGCAUUUGAGGCCAACUGAAAAAUCAAAUGAAGUACGUCAAUUAUACUUCAUAGAUGCCACCAAUUCUUUCCCUUUGCAACAAUUUCAAAAUUUGAUACCUUACAACGGGGAAGAUGAGAAUAAGAGAAUUUAUGACAAUAUUAGGAUCAUAACAUGUUUGGAAUUAGGUGAAUUAGCAAUGGUUUUAAAUAAGAUAAUCCAAAGCAUUCAAUUAAAUAAAAUUAAAAGACAAAAAAAUACGACUACUCAAAGCGAGAAACCAAAAGAAGGUAAUUUGAAUAUAUUAAUUGUCGUCAACGGAUUAGAGACGAUGUUUAGAAAUACGCGAUUUAAAGAGAAUGUAGAAGUCACUCAUUCAGUACUUCGAAUGGCUUUAUUAAAAUUGAGAAUCCUAUCUAAUGAAAGAAAUGGAUAUCAUCUACGAAGUUUAGUACUGUUCCCCUUGGAAGAAAUGAAAAAUCUAAGCACCAAACAAUUGAAACGACUUAAGUCAUCGUCUAAUCGUGGUCAAAAUGAUGGUAGCAGCGUCGGUGAUUAUGUUUGCAAAUACUAUGUAGAUCGCGUUAUCAUAAUGUGA